AUGCCGAGGCGUUUUGACGCUGCAUUUUUCCGAGCCCGCGCAUUUUUCAUCCGAACGUCGCAAAUGGAGCCCGAGAAGGAGAUUCGCCUGAAGCCGAAAAUGUCGCUGUUGAACGGGACGACCGUGAUAGUCGGGAGCACGAUCGGGUCGGGGAUCUUCGUUUCGCCGAGGGGAGUCCUCAGAGGCACGGGGUCCUCCGGGCUCUCGCUCGUCGUCUGGGCGGUCUGCGGGGUCUUCUCCGCGAUCGGGGCUUACUGCUACGCGGAGCUGGGAUGCACGAUCGCGAGGUCGGGCGGCGAUUACGCGUACAUCAUGGAGGCUUACGGUCCCUUCUGGGCCUUCAUGAGGCUCUGGGUGGAGUGCACGAUGGUGAGACCCUGCAGUCAGGCAGUCGUGGCGCUCACUUUCGCCACGUACGUGUUGCGACCGUUCUUCCCUUCCUGUGCUGCCCCGGAUGAAUCCGCCCGGCUCCUCUCUGCUGCCUGCAUCGGGAUCUUGACGUUUAUCAACUGCUACGAUGUGAAAUGGGCUACGAGGGUGCAAGAUAUCUUCACUCUCGCGAAACUGUUGGGCCUUGCCAUCAUCAUCGCCACCGGCAUCUACAUGCUCAGUAUCGGGAAGACGGAGAACAUGAACUUCGAGAACACGGAAACAGAUCCCACGUUGAUAGUGCUCUCGUGCUACUCGGGAUUGUUCGCCUACCACGGAUGGAAUUACUUGAACUUCCUGACCGAGGAACUCAAGGAUCCCGUGAAGAAUCUUCCGAGGGCGAUCGGUAUUUCGUGCGUCCUGGUGACCUUGGUCUACGUCUCGACCAACGUUGCAUUCUUUACCACUCUCACGACGAAAGAAGUGCUGGAGUCAGAGGCAGUGGCUGUCUCCUUUGCAGAAGAGCUAUACGGGCGCAUGGUCUGGAUCGUCCCCGUUUUCGUUUCUCUCUCCACUUUCGGAGCGGUGAACGGAAUCCUCCUGACAUCGUCUCGGUGCGAAAUCACGCCGCUUCGGUUGAUUCACGCCGGAGCCAUGGAAGGACAGAUGCCGCGCGUUCUCACCAACAUCCAGAUUUCCCGACUGACGCCGGUCCCGGCCGUCAUAUUCCAGUCGUUGCUGUCUCUGCUCUACCUCACCUCGUCCGACGUGAUCGCCCUGAUCAACUACGUGGGGUUCGCGACCUGGCUGACCAUCGGGGCGGGCGUGAGCGUGAUCCCCUGGCUCCGCUGGAAGCAGCCGGAGAGGCCGCGUCCCCUCAAAGUCCACAUCCUCUUCCCCAUCGUCUACGUCGUCCUCACCGUGUUCCUCAUCGUCAUGUCCAUGUUGGCGGAUCUCGUCUCCACGGGUUAUGGGGUGCUCAUCAUUCUCACCGGUGUUCCCGUGUAUUUCCUGUUUGUGUACGGGGAGAGCAAACCCAAGGCAUUCCAGGUUACCAUGGUGCAGUGGACGGCGCCGCCGCCCCUCCACUGCAUCGCAGCAUCACUGGUGCUGUCCAGGCUGCUCGCUGACUACGAGCUUCGACUAGACUACUUCUUUGUUGCUUCGGCUGUUGUUGAGGGAGGUUAA